GUUGCGUAUUUCGUAGUAAGCGCUACCGUGGUCUGUUAUUGGUUAUGGAUUCCUUAGACAAAUAAGGCUGAAAUAAUGGGCUUGAUUUCUUCUCGGAGUCAGCAAGUGGGCCAAGAAAAGGAGAUGCCAAGUGAAUGUCCUGUUGGGAAAAGUGAUGGAUGUCCAAUGAAUCAUGGAUACAAGAACCUCAGUCCAGACAAUCUUGUGAGUUUCAUAGUCCCCAUGUCUUUACUAUUUCAUGACUCUUAUUUUUAUACCAAGCGCCUACAAAGGACAAGUUUUCAUUUGUUGAAAUAAAUUUUGCUGGGGUUCUGCCUGUAAUCUCGGCCUCCUUUUGCAAGCAAGAUUAUAAAUGUUGUUCACUGUCCACUAUAGGUUCUGGGAAUAAGUUUGUUUGGAACUACCUGUGUUGAGUCACUGGAUCGGCUAAUAGAAUAUAAUUAUCGUCAGUCUUCAUAGUUCCGUUACUAUUACUGCAAAAACCCUUAAACCGAAUCAUGGUGUUGUUUCCAAGUUUGGCUCCGAAAGCGUCAGGUCCAUGAAGAGCAACAACUUAGUAUUCAGUUUCUGUAGUAAUCUUUGUCCGUUACGGAUGCCACCCCCUAACCAACUCCCAAGUCCUGGACAACCUUUCCCACUGUCCACUGAACGCGAAUUGUCUUCCAUUCCAAAAGCAGAUCGAUCUGAUGGUGAAAAAUGGAUAUAUCCUUCACCUCAAAUGUUUUGGAACGCUAUGCUUCGUAAAGGUUGGCGUUGGCGGGAUGAUGAUAUCAAACCUGAAGAUAUGAACAACAUCAUACGAAUACAUAAUAUAAAUAAUGAAUUAGCUUGGCGUGAGGUUUUAAAAUGGGAAGCUCUACAUGCUAAUGAAUGUAUGACACCGAAAUUGCGUCGUUUUGCUGGAGAUGCAAAAAACUAUUCUCCAAGAGCACGUAUUCGUCGGGCCAUGGGUUAUGAGUUGCCUUUCGAUCGUCAUGAUUGGGUGAUCGAUCGAUGCGGUAAAGAAGUGCGUUAUGUAAUUGAUUAUUAUGAUGGAGGUUCUGUGAAUGAAGCAUAUCAGUUCGCUAUUUUGGAUGUACGACCUGCAUUAGAUUCAUUCGGCGCAUUUUGGGAUCGUGUUCUAGUUGCAUGGAUGCGUUUCAGGACUCCUGAUCCGCCGAAAAAACUCCAUUUAAAUGAUCCAACAUUUCCGAAAAAGAAUGAAGUGUCUUGAGUAUUGCCUGCAGAAAUAUCUAGUUUAGUUAUCAUUCGAACUCGAAAGUACCUUUCCUGUGAGUUCACACAAGAUAGCUGUGAAUACAAAAUUCACUUGUACAUUACUUAAUGAAAUACAAAGUUCUGAUAAUCACAUUCUUUGUCGAUUUUUCUGAAAUCCUUUAGGCACACAUUUCCUCGAACCUAAAAAAUGUGUGUAAUUGAACUACACAUUCGGAAAGAUUAUAUGAAUUUAAGAGUAAUAAAUUCUGGGUUGUUACAGUCAAAGAGCUCACAUCUCUAGUGGUAGAUCUCAAUUCCUGUGCACUGGUUUGUUAUGAAACACUUUGCUUCGUACAUAAAGGAAGCAGUCAUAAAUAUUAACUAUCAAUCUUGAGAGUCAUUUGGUUGUGAGCGCAUAGUAACUUAAGUACCUGUCAUAUACUGACAUCCUGAAACAAAGUUCUGGUCUAAUUACAUACUUCAAUUGAUGAAGCUUCACUGCACUACCUUGACAAUUCACUGCCGCGAUAGUUACCACAAUUGACUAUAAACCGUUGAGUCAGUUUCAAAC